CUUCUGAAAGUGCAAUUGAAUCUCAGAGCCCAUCCGUUCAGUUCUACCUGUUGAAAUUCUCAGGUUUUGUAGAUAGAUAUAGGAAGGAUUUAUAUGUAAUGGCUUUUGCUUUCACUUCAUCUGGAGUUCAUGGCUCUUCUUUAUCUCAUUCCUUUGAUCAAUCCAAAGCUGCACCAUUUGGUUCCUUCCAGACAUUGGACAAGCCUCAUCUCCCAUCAGCGGCGGUGAAUUUUUCCAGGCGGCAUUCUUCUGUUAAGCCUUUGAACGCCGAGCCAAAGAGGAACGAUUCAAUUGUCCCUUCAGCAGCAACCAUCAUUGCUCGUGCAGAGGCGGUUGAAAAGGUCGAGGUAGAGGACUACGAAAAAUUGGCCAAGGAUCUUCAAAAUGCUUCUCCUCUUGAGAUUAUGGACAGAGCACUUGAGAAAUUCGGAAAUGAUAUUGCCAUCGCUUUUAGUGGUGCCGAAGAUGUUGCCUUGAUCGAAUAUGCGCAUUUAACUGGACGACCAUUUAGAGUUUUUAGCUUGGACACCGGGAGGUUGAACCCUGAGACGUACAAAUUUUUUGACGAAGUCGAGAAGCAUUAUGGGAUUCACAUUGAAUACAUGUUUCCUGAUGCUGUUGAAGUUCAGGCUUUGGUUAGGAACAAGGGACUUUUCUCUUUUUACGAAGAUGGGCACCAGGAGUGCUGCCGUGUCAGGAAGGUUAGGCCCCUGAGGAUGGCCCUUAAGGGACUUCGUGCCUGGAUAACUGGGCAGCGGAAGGAUCAGUCUCCUGGCACUCGCUCAGAAAUUCCAAUUGUUCAGGUUGACCCUGUUUUUGAGGGAAUGGAUAGUGGGCUUGGCAGCUUGGUGAAGUGGAACCCAGUGGCAAAUGUGAAGGGUGAUGAUGUUUGGAAUUUCCUUCGGGCUAUGAAUGUGCCCGUGAACUCUUUGCACACUCAAGGGUACAUAUCCAUUGGAUGUGAGCCAUGCACAAGACCUGUGCUACCCGGGCAACAUGAGAGAGAAGGAAGAUGGUGGUGGGAGGAUGCCAAGGCCAAGGAGUGUGGCUUGCACAAAGGUAACAUUAAGGAAGGAAAUUUAAAAGACAAUGCCAAUGGAGCAGUUCACGCAAAUGGAACUGCCACGCACGCCGAUCUUUUCAGCACGCAUAAUGUUUUUAAGUUGAGUAGGCCUGGUAUGGAGAACUUAUUAAAAUUGGAAAAUAGGAAGGAGGCUUGGCUUGUAGUGCUUUAUGCACCUUGGUGCCGCUUUUGCCAGGCAGCAGAAUGGUCAUAUGUGGAAUUGGCAGAGAAGUUGGCAGGGUCCAGUGUCAAGGUGGGAAAGUUUAGGGCAGAUGGAGAGCAGAAGGCAUUUGCUCAGCAAGAAUUGCAGUUGGGAAGCUUCCCUACAAUACUUUUCUUCCCCAAACAUUCUUCGAGGCCCGUAAAAUACCCCUCCGAGGAGAGAGACGUUGAUUCAUUGAUGACUUUCGUUAACGCUCUCAGAUAAGACGUCAAGAUCGGUUUUGUUUAGUAUCUGAUUGUAAUAUUUUCAAGAAAAACAGGAAAGGGGGCCUGGAGUUGGGUAAAUGGAGAAAAGGAAAUGUUGGGAAGUUCACUGGGACAUUCUAGCACCGACGUUAUUUUGGCCUUCCUGAGCUACAGUUGGUGAUGAAAUAGUUUUUUGCUGUUAUAAUUCUGCCUAUUCAUUGGUUUUUCUUUUGGCUGUCCUUUAAAUCUUUGAUGGCCUCAGUUUUGUAAGUUACAUGAUCGUGUAAAAUUAUCAUUUGAGGCCAUUUCUUUUGCUUCUUGGCUUGAAGGAAAGAGGAAAGAGGGAAAGAUUAGUCUCUUGCUAAUUGGUGAUGCUUGGUAAAUAAUGAGCCGCAAUAUGUAACGUUCUGAGCCUGUGUUUAGUUGACUUUAAACCAUAUGUAAAGAAGAUCCACAUCAACAAAUUUCAAUUCCUCUUUCCUCCA